CUCCUCCCCUCAACCCACACCUCCUCCUCCCCUGCUCCCCGUCCGCUCCUCCUCUCCUCCUCCCCAUCCCCUCCUCCCCCACCUCCCUCCUCCUGCUGAGCGGAACAGAAACGCGCUCACCGCCUCGCUACCCUCCCACCUCUGUGGCCUUACUACAACACACCUCUUAUCAUCGCCAGGAUCCCGAACCACAACCCCGCCAAACUCAACAUAGUGAGAAGGAAUCGAAUAUGUCAACAUCUGGAUCAUCUUCUACUGCACGACUUUGAACAAGACAGUCCCAUGGGAAAUAGCGGAAGGUCGGCGGCAGAGUGGAGAUGUUCUCAAAGAGGCCUCCUCCGGAGGAGGAGAGAAGGGUGCGGGCCAAUGACAGAGAGUACAACGAGAGAUUUCAGUAUGCGAGUAACUGCAUCGUGACAUCAAAGUACAACGUCCUGACCUUUCUGCCCGUCAACCUCUUCGAGCAGUUUCAGGAAGUGGCCAAUACCUACUUCCUGUUCCUGCUCAUCCUGCAGUUGAUACCUCAGAUAUCCUCCCUCCCCUGGUUCACGACCAUAGUGCCUUUAGCUCUGGUACUGAGCAUCACUGCGGUGAAGGAUGCCACAGACGACUAUUUUCGACAUAAAAGUGACAACCAAGUGAACAACCGUCAGUCUCAGGUCCUCAUCCCUGGCUCUCUUCAGAACGAAAAGUGGAUGAAUGUUCGAGUUGGGGAUAUUAUUAAACUGGAAAAUAACCAGUUUGUGGCAGCUGACCUGCUGCUGUUGUCCAGCAGCGAACCUCACGGCCUUUGUUACAUUGAGACAGCUGAGCUUGACGGAGAGACCAACAUGAAGGUGCGUCAGUCGGUGCCAGUGACCUCUGCCCUGGGAGACUCAAACAACCUGGCCACGUUCGAUGGCGAGGUGGUGUGUGAGCCUCCGAACAACAAGCUGGACCGCUUCUCCGGGACGCUGUACUGGAGGGACUGUAAAUGUGUCCUGACCAAUCAAAACAUGCUGCUGAGAGGCUGCGUCCUGCGCAACACUGAGGCAUGCUACGGCCUCGUCAUAUUCGCUGGGCCAGAUACUAAGCUGAUGCAGAACAGCGGUCGCACCAAGUUUAAACGUACAAGCAUCGACUGUCUGAUGAACACCCUGGUGCUCUGGAUCUUCUGCUUCCUGGUGUGUAUGGGCGUGAUCCUGGCAGUGGGCAACGCGGUGUGGGAGAAGGAGGUGGGCUCCCUGUUCCAGAGCUACCUCCCCUGGGACCCCCCAGUGGACAACUUCAUGUUCUCGGCCUUCCUCUCCUUCUGGUCCUACAUCAUCAUCCUCAACACCGUGGUGCCUAUCUCCCUCUACGUCAGUGUGGAGGUGAUCCGGCUGGGCCACAGCUACUUCAUCAACUGGGACCGACAGAUGUUCUGCUCUCAGUGCCUCACGGCCGCAGAGGCCAGGACCACCACCCUCAACGAAGAGCUGGGACAGGUGGAAUACAUCUUCAGUGACAAGACUGGGACUCUCACGCAAAAUAUAAUGAGCUUCAAUAAAUGUUCCAUCAAUGGCCAAGUCUAUGGUGAAAUAACAGACCCCCUGGAACCUAAGCCAAAGAGACUGGACUUCACAGCCUUCAACCCCCUGGCGGACCCGGAAUUCUGCUUCUACGACGCCGGACUGCUGGAGUCGGUGAAAGUGGGCGAGCCACGCACACACGACUUCUUCCGCCUGCUGUCCCUCUGCCACACCGUCAUGAGCGAGGAGAAGAGCGAGGGGGAGCUGCUGUACAAGGCCCAGUCUCCAGACGAAGGCGCCCUGGUCACGGCCGCAAGGAACUUUGGCUUUGUGUUCCGCUCCCGGACCCCCGGCACCAUCACGGUCUCCGAGCUGGGCCGACCAGUCACCUAUUCCCUGCUGGCCAUCCUUGACUUCAACAACAUACGCAAACGAAUGUCUGUCAUUGUGCGUGACCCCCAGGGCCGGAUCCGUCUGUACUGCAAAGGAGCGGACACCCUGCUGAUGGAGAGGCUCCACGCCGGCAGUCAGGACCUGAUGAACGUCACCUCAGACCAUCUCAACGAGUUUGCGGGGGACGGACUGCGGACCCUGGCGCUAGCGUCCAGGGAGCUGACAGAGGAGCAGUGGGAGGACUGGGCGGAGAGCCACCGCGCCGCCGACACUGCCGCCGACCUCAGGGAGGAGCGCCUGGCCGCGGCCUACGAGCAGAUAGAGCAGCACAUGACGCUCCUGGGAGCCACAGCUAUAGAAGACAAGCUGCAGGAGGGGGUUCCUGAGACCAUCGCUAUCCUCUCUCUGGCCAACAUCAAGAUCUGGGUCCUCACUGGAGACAAGCAGGAGACUGCGGUGAACAUCGGCUACUCCUGCAAGAUGCUGACGGACGACAUGGGGGAGGUGUUCAUCGUCAACGGCCACACGGUGCAGAGUGUGAGACAGGAACUGAGGAGGGCCAGGGAACGCAUGGUUGAGCUUUCCCAAGGAGGAGGAGGAGCAGAAAGUGGAGCAGGAGGAGGAGUAGAAGAAGGAGCAGGAGGAGCAGAAGGAGAAGCAGAAGGUGGAGAAGGAGGAGGAGGAGCAGGAGGCAGAGCAGGAGGAGGAGUAGAAGAAGGAGCAGGAGGAGCAGAAGGAGAAGCAGAAGAUGGAGCAGGAGGAGCAGGAGGCAGAGCAGAAGGAGCAGGAGGAGAAGAAGGAGCAGGAGGUGGAGGAGCAGAAGGUGGAGCAGGCGGAGCAGGAGAAAGAGGAGCAGGAGAAGGAGGAGGGGGAGCAGGAGAAGGAGGAAGGCAGGACAGUCGUAUAGAGGGGUGGAGGGAGGGCUGUCUGAUAAGGAAUGGAUAUGGGGCCAAUGAAGCCACAGCAGAAUAUGAAGGAGGUGGGAAACAGCAGAGUGAUCCUCCUCCUCCUCCUCAUGCUCCUGCUCCUCUUUCUCCUCCUCCUGCACCACCUCCUCCACCUUCCUCCUUCUCCAUGGACAACAUAUCGGGAGAGUUUGCUCUUGUCAUCAGCGGCCACAGCCUGGCCCACGCUCUGGAGGCAGACAUGGAGGCGGAGCUGCUGAUGACGGCGUGCGCCUGCAAGGCGGUGAUCUGCUGCAGGGUGACGCCCAUGCAGAAGGCCCUGGUGGUGGAGCUCCAAGAAGUCAAGAAGCACAAGAAGGCCGUCACUCUGGCCAUCGGGGAUGGGGCCAACGACGUCAGCAUGAUCAAGAGUGCUCACAUCGGUGUGGGUAUCUCUGGCCAGGAGGGUAUCCAGGCGGUGCUGGCCAGUGACUACUCCUUUGCCCAGUUCCGCUUCCUGCAGCGCCUCCUGCUGGUGCACGGCCGCUGGUCCUACCUGCGCAUGUGCCGCUUCCUCUGCUACUUCUUCUACAAGAACUUUGCCUUCACCAUGGUGCACUUCUGGUUCGGCUUCUUCUGCGGCUUCUCCGCCCAGACAGUAUAUGAUCAGUACUUCAUCACGCUCUACAACAUUCUCUACACAUCUCUACCUGUGCUCGCCAUGGGGAUAUUUGACCAGGACGUCCCGGACCGGAGGAGCCUGGAGUACCCCAAGCUGUACGAGCCGGGCCAGCUCAACCUGCUGUUCAACAAGCGGGAGUUCUUCAUCUGCAUCUCCCAGGGCAUCUACACCUCGCUGGUGCUCUUCUUCGUGCCCUACGCCGUGCUGUCCCACGCCAGCCAGGACACGGCCGAGCCCCUGGCCGACUACCAGACCUUCGCCGUCACCACGGCAACAGCCCUGGUCAUUGUGGUCAGCGUCCAGAUUGCUCUGGACACAGGCUAUUGGACGAUCAUCAACCAUGUGUUUGUCUGGGGCUCGCUGGGCUUAUUCUUCAGCAUCAUGUUGGCCAUGCACAGCCAGACCCUGUUCAGCUCCUCCCCCAACCAGUUCCAUUUCGUCGGCAGCGCACAGAGCACUUUACUGCAGCCGGUGGUAUGGCUGACCAUCGCCUUGGCAACAGUGAUCUGUAUCGUUCCAGUUCUGGCGUUCCGCUUCCUCAAGCUUGACCUGAAGCCCCAGCUGUCUGACACGGUGCGCUACACACAGCUGGUGCGGCAGAAGAAGCGCAAGGCGGUGUGCUUCAGCGGGGGGGGGGGUGUCCGCGGGACGGCGGGCAGCACGUCGGAGGGCCGGCUCGGGGCCCGCGGGGGCUCCCGGAGGUCGGGCUACGCCUUUGCCCACCAGGAGGGCUUCGGCGAGCUGAUCACGUCGGGCAAAAACAUGCGUCUUUCCUCACUGGCGCUGGCGUCCUUUGCCUCGCGCCACAGCUCCAGCUGGAUCGACACGCUGCGCAAGAAGAAGCACAGCCACACCCCCACCCCGCCCGGCGCCGCCUCCGGCGACAGCAGCCCCGCCCCCAGCUGUGUGUCCGGCUCGGCCGCGCCCCCGCUGUCCAACUCCCCCUCGGUGCUGGGGGGCUCCCAGGACGCAGCCAUAGAGGAGGAGGAGGCCCGCACCCCUCCGCCCUCCCCCCUCCAGGCCAAGCCCGGCUUCUCUACGUUGCACGCAAGACCCCCCAGCACCACUCUGCUGGCGGCCUCGGAGUCCACUCAGGGCCCCUCCACUGGGGGGGGGCCCGGGGACACGGCCCCUUCAGCACAGGGAGAGUCGGGGGGCUGGACCCUCAGUCUGGGAGCGGUCCAGGAGGCCCUGUCCAACUGGAGGAGCCUCGGAGUUCGCUCCAGCAGCCCCGGCCCGCCCUCCCUCUAGGGUACCCCAGAGAAGGCCAUCCAGCUGGGACUGAGGCCUGGAAUUUGUGGGAGGAGACAGCUGCUGGAUCAGUCCAUGAUGAUUGUGGACAGAGAGCAGCCAUAGCCCCGUAGCAAAGCCACUCUGAGAGAAGAGUUAAAUUCACUUUCCUUCCCUGGUGAAUAGUUUGAAAUAUUAUUUACGACGCGAUCACUGUGUGCGGCUAGAACAGGAACUCAGAAACACUAACAACAUUAUUUAUCUAAAAGAGCAAGAGAGGGUUCUUAAGUAAAGGUCUAUGAUUGAUGCGAUAUCCUCCCCUGGAUGCAACAAAAUAUUGAAAUUGAUUCAUCCAAUGCUAUCACAUACAAAUGUGAUGCAAUAUGAUAUGACAGAGCCAUAACCACAUUUCAUGAAACAGAUAGUAAACCUUUAAUUCCCAUAAGACAAAUGGAUAAAAUCUUUAGCAUUUUCUCCCACGCAAGCUGUACCUCAGCUCCAUUGGCCCUCUGCAGCAUUGCCAUAUUUAGAUCUACUGGAAAAUACCUCUAGGGUUGCUCUAUAUAUAUGCCCUCCCAGUCGGGUUAUUGUACAAGUUUUUGCUGUGAGGGCAGCAUUGGGAACAUGUCAAUCGUUGCGUAGAAAUUGUAUUUUUGCUAAUUAUUUUGUCUUGCAACAGUUCUAUAGAUGCGUCAGAAUAAGCAUAAAGUUGUGGAAAUAGUCCACUCAAGUCAUUUACAGGUGGAAACCUCUGGGGUGGGGGUUUUAAAGUCUGUGUUUACUGUAGUUCUCAGUGAGAACGUUAUUUUAAAUGUAUUGAACACAACAAGAACAGGCUUUCACUGUCUGUCACACUGCUCCUACCUCGGCUGGUGGUGCCUCGUGGUCAUACGCAUCACAUUGAUGAGAGAAACACAGCACUGUGGCGAGAUUAGAGGGGAGCUCUCUCUCAUCGCCUUUCAACUUGCUUUGCCAUUCAAGCAGGUACUCGGCUGAUUGUUGGGGAGGAAGAUGUGAAUCUCAUUUCAGAAAAAGCCAUACUUUAGGGGGAAUUAAGUUCAUGUAUGUGGCUUGGCAACAGAAAGACAACAUGUAAUAACGAGACGUAUACUUUUAUUUUUGGAGAAAUUAGAAGGUCCAUGUGUGGAACCAGUAUGCCUGUACAUGUGGAAUAAAGGGUGCUUCACAUUUA